AUGACAUCACUGCGCCGGAUAUCGAAUGUGCGACUGCUCACCAGCAUCUUUCUGAUGCUGGUGGCGAGCAUGUUCCUGCGCCCGGUGCUGAAUCAUCUUGGCGAGCUGCAUGGUCUGCAGCACAUGGUGCAGACCGCAGCCGAACAUGGACAUCCGCACGCGGGCGAUCGUGAUGCUGCAGAUCGGGAUCCUCUGCACGCGUCGGGCGGCCAUGGCGUGCUGCACCAGUCCGAUCUGGGCGGGUCACUUGGCAUCCUGCUGGACGUAGCACUCCACGAUCCAGCCAUCGGCCGUGGUGCGCACCCUUGGCAUCGCCAGGCAGCGUUCAUUGCCCAUCACUGCUCAUCGUUGUUCAGGCCUCCCAUCGUCGCGGCCUGA